AUGUCAUGCUUCGGGGGCCGUGAGGAGCGGAUCUUCCUGGUCGAGCUGAUGGUCGGCAAGCUGAGGCUCACCAAGGACCGGGUACAGGAUUCCGCCGACUGCGACCUGGUGGUGAAAAUAAAAUUCCUUGAGUUUCCCAACUUCGAGGUCUCCAGGGACGACUUCAAAUACGCGAAGCCUCCACCCCUCGACGGGAAUGGUGCCCUGGACUUCGGGAUGGGCAGGUCCUGCCUCUUCACGAAGCAACCCCGUGACCUGGUGCAAGCUAUGAGGACCACCCCCGUCAAGGUCGGGAUUUUCUGCCGGGGGGAUAACUAUCCUCUGGCCGAGACCGAGGUCCGACUCUCCGGGUGCCUCUGUGACCAAAUUGUCAUGGCCUCGAACGACCUCGACCACCUCCCCAAGCCGUAUGUCCUGAACGGUGACUACGACCUCGUCGACCCAGGAGGGAACCCCUCCGGGUCGGUUCAUCUGGACUUCAGGCUCACUUGCCUCGGAAAAUCUAUCACUACGCACUACCGCAUGCAGGCCAAGUCGUUCCUCUUCAAGAACAACCACGACGAGGGCGAGUUCUGCGUGAAAAGAAUGUCGACCUCCGCGCCAGGUGACGAAUCCAAGUCGGAUGGAAACGAAGAAGUCGUGCCAAACCCCGUCGAGGUCAACGAACAGUCUCUGGCCCUUGGGACCAACAUCGAAGGGAAGAGUAACAACGGGAAGACACCUAAGAAGACGAAGAAGAAGCCAAAAUGA